AUGGGGGACAAUGACCCAGUCCCUGAUGCAGCCUCGCUGAUGGGCAGCCUCGUUGACGACUUUCGCUCUGCCCUUGAUGAGUCCCUCAUCAUUGCUAUUGUCGGUGACUACGACCUGACAGUCCAGUUCGAAGAGGCCCGUGCCAUCCUGCAAGGCCUCUCCCAGGACGCAGAGGCCGAGGAGGCGUCUCGCUUCAACGCCAGUGGCGUGGACGGCGACGUCGAUGUCCUCUCAGGGCUCGAAGGGCCGGCCAACACCAACUCGUCCCACUCCGUCUCGGGCUCCAAGCCCUGCACCGACAUCUCCUCCAGGACCGAUUUCAGCGACACCCUGUCCGACCAGUUCGAGUCGCUAGAUCUGCCCAAUGAUGUUGAUGUCCUGGCCCUGGACGAGGAUGGCAAGAUUGCUGAGCUGAAGGUCAUGUUUCCCCUUCUCAAGGACAUGGACAUCAAGUUCUCCCUGAGAAAGGCCGACGGAGACUUCACGAAGGCUUGCGAGGAGCUGCUUAGCACACAAUUCCUGGAGGAAAACGGCCUCCGCCCCAAGGGAAUCGAUGGAGCUUUCCGAGAUGAUGGCCACGUUGGCUACAAGAAAGGCAAGACGAGAAUCUCAGUUCACCGCCAAGUUGAUCACGGCCUCCUUGGUCGCUCCGGAACGGAAACCCCCAAGGACAAGGCCGGCAAGGCGAGGCUCGAUGUCGAGUACCGCCUCAAGCCUCUGAACCUGGACGCAGAAGACAAGGCAGCCAGCAGCCCCGUCUCGCCGGCCUUGAGCGCUUCUCGCCCCCUCACCCGGCGGAGCUCGCUCCCACGGCUGAUGCCCUCAUCCAGCGCCUCAAACGCCGCAACCUCCGCCCCCAACACGCCCGCCGCCAGCAAGCCCACCACCGGGUGGCAGACGGUCCAGUCCGCCAAGCCGCGCAAGACCUACACCGAGCUUGCGCGUGACGCAGCCGAGGCCCGCGCGUCGACGGCUCAGUCCUUCACCGCCGCGCAGGCGGCCUACCGGCGCGGCAAGUCGGACGCGCUGUUCCGCCCCGUGGCCGGGGUGCUGGCGGAGCGGGCACGCGAGCAGCUGGGGCGGUCCAAGGCGGCGCAGAGCGAGGCGUACGAGGCACUGGUCGACGGCAACUCGUCGCGGGACCACAUCGACCUGCACGGCGUGCCCGUCGCCGACGGGGUGCGCAUCGCGCUCGAGCGCACGCAGGAGUGGUGGGCCGCGCUCGGCGAGGACAGGGCCCGCAGGGCCCGCUGCGGCGAAGGGUUCACCGUCGUCACGGGGCUGGGGAACCACAGCUCCGGCGGGGUGUCGCGCCUGCGGCAGGACGUUGGUGCCGCGCUCAAGAGGGCUGGGUGGAGGGUCAGGACUGAGACGGGCCAGUUCGUCGUGACGGGAAAGGUGUAG